CGCCUUAAGGCCCAAGGCAGCCAAUCGCAAGGAGGAGAGCGUGCAGGGGCCGGGACCCCCGCCGGUUCUGACUGAGUCAUUGGCUGGCGGCAGCGUCGCUCUCCCGCGAUACCACGUGACCGCCAGGCCCGGGUGUUGGCACUGGAUCCGCCUUCCACGCCUCCGCUGCUUCCGGCUCUCAGCUUCCCUAGGUCUCUCCCGGUCCGGCCCCGCCUCCGCGGGGGCCGGGCGAUGGGCGGGGAAGGGUUCGGGCCGGUUAAAGGGAGGCCGGCUGGGGAAGUGCUCCUUGAGCCUUCGCCGUCUUGUUCGCUACUUCUCCGUGGCGGAGGUCGCACCGCCUGGCCGCCCCAGACCCAGGAGGGCCAAUGUACUGCCUGCAGAUUAAAAUCUACCUUUCCUACAUGGCAUACAGGGUGCUCCAGAAUCUCUCCCAGGCUUGGGGCCUUUUGGUCCAGAAAUUACCAAGAGCUGUCUCAAAACAGAAGAACAUACGAAGUGCACUCAAACUAGCUUGGCUGGAAAGUAUGAAGUAAAAAAGAGUUAUAAACUGGUUGCACAGUGGAAUGAAGAGCUGCUGUGUAUAUUCACCAAUCUGAUUGACUUGCUCAGGGGUAAGAGGCUGAAGCAUCUUUCUCCAGAAAUGUCUUUGGAAAGCAAAGGGCGACAUGACCUUCCAUCUAGAGACCCUGGUGAAGGAAGUGUCCAGUGCAGUCCUCCGUCUAGGACCCAUCUGGGGCUUGAAAGGGAAUCAAGUACUGACUUCAAGCAAUUUGAGGCCAAUGAUCAAUUCAGACCUUAUCCUAGGAUCCAUAUGGAGCCUCAAGAGAAAUCAAAUAUUAACUUCAAGCAAUUUGUCAUAAAAAAACUACAGAAGAGUUGCCAGUGCAACCCAUCCAAAGCCAAAAAGAUGAUUUUUGGUUUCCUUCCUGUUUUACAUUGGCUCCCAAAAUAUGACCUGAAAAAAAACAUUUUAGGAGAUUUGAUGUCUGGCUUGAUUGUGGGCAUCUUAUUGGUGCCCCAGUCCAUUGCUUAUUCCCUCUUGGCUGGCCAAGAACCUAUUUAUGGUCUGUACACAUCUUUUUUUGCCAGCAUCAUUUAUUUUCUAUUGGGUACCUCCCAUCACAUCUCUGUGGGCAUCUUUGGGAUUCUGUGCCUUAUGAUUGGUGAGGUAGUUGAACGAGAACUGCACAAAGCUGGCUGUGACACGGCUCACAUUGAUUCUUCUUUAGGGAUGACUUCACAUGGGAGCACAGUAGACCAGACACCAUAUAGGAUAUGUGACAGAAGUUGCUGUGCAAUUACAGUUGGCAGCACUAUAACCUUUAUCGCUGGAGUUUAUCAGGUAGCGAUGGGCUUCUUUCAAGUGGGCUUUGUUUCUAUCUACCUCUCAGAUGCCUUGCUGAGCGGAUUUGUCACUGGUGCCUCCUUCACUAUUCUUACAUCUCAGGCCAAGUACCUCCUUGGGCUCAAACUUCCUCGGAGCAACGGUGUGGGCUCACUGAUCACUACUUGGAUAAACAUCUUCAGAAACAUCCAUAAGACCAAUCUCUGUGAUCUCUGCACCAGCUUUUUGUGCCUUCUGGUUCUUUUGCCAACCAAGGAACUCAAUGAGCACUUCAAGUCCAAGCUUAAGGCACCGAUUCCUACUGAACUCAUUGUCAUUGUGGCAGCCACAUUAGCCUCUCAUUUUGGAAAACUCAAUGAGAAAUAUAAUAUCAGUAUUGCUGGGCAUAUUCCCACUGGAUUUAUGCCACCCAAAGCACCGGACUGGAACUUGAUUCCUAGUGUGGCUAUAGAUGCAAUAGCUAUCUCUAUCAUUGGCUUUGCAAUCACUGUAUCACUUUCUGAGAUGUUUGCCAAGAAACAUGGCUAUACAGUCAAAGCGAAUCAGGAAAUGUAUGCCAUUGGCUUAUGCAAUAUCAUCCCUUCCUUCUUCCACUGUUUCACUACUAGUGCAGCUCUUGCAAAGACACUGGUUAAAGAAUCAACAGGCUGCCAAACUCAGCUUUCCAGUGUGGUGACAGCGCUGGUGCUUCUGUUGGUCCUCCUGGUAAUAGCUCCUUUAUUCUAUUCCCUUCAGAAAAGUGUCCUUGGUGUGAUCACUAUUGUCAAUCUCCGGGGAGCCCUAUGUAAAUUUAGGGAUCUUCCCAAGAUGUGGAGGGUUAGCAGGGUGGAUACAGUUAUCUGGUUUGUUACUAUGCUGUCCUCUGCAUUGAUAAGUACUGAAAUAGGCCUGCUCAUUGGGGUUUGUUUUUCUAUGUUUUGUGUCAUCCUCCGCACUCAAAAGCCAAAGAUUUCAUUGCUUGGCUCAGUGGAAGAGUCUGAACUCUUUGAAUCCGUGUCUGCUUACAAGAACCUUCAGGAUAAGCCAGACAUCAAAAUUUUCCGCUUUGUAGCCCCUCUUUACUACAUAAACAAGGAAUAUUUUAAAUCUGCUUUAUAUAAAAAGACUGUCAACCCAAUCUUAGUAAAGGCAGCUUGGAAAAAGGCAGCAAAGAAGAUCAAAAAGGAAACAGCGACUUUCAGUGGGGUCCAGGAUGAAGUUUCAGUGCAACUUUCUCAUGACCCCUUGGAGCUCCAUACCAUAGUGAUUGACUGCAGUGCAAUACAGUUUUUAGAUACAGCAGGGAUCCAUACACUGAAAGAAGUUCGCAGGGAUUAUGAAGCCAUUGGCAUCCGGGUUCUGCUGGCUCAAUGUAAUCCCUCUGUGAGGGAUUCUCUGGCCUGGGGAGAGUACUACAAAAAGGAAGAAGACAACCUUCUCUUUUAUAGUGUAUAUGAAGCAGUGGCUUUUGCAGAAGAAUUGCAAAAUCAUAAAGGAAUAUGUACUCCCAACAGUCUGAGUCUUUCCACUGAGUAGAUAGAAGGAAGAAAGAUAGCUAACCAGUAGGUUCCACAAUGGAAAUGUUGUACGCUUCAAAUGCUAACCUGCUGGCUAGGCAGUAUUCUUCUUUGGAAGCUGAUGGCUUUUAUAGAUAGAAAGGUGCAGCAGAGCUCAUAGGUAAAAUCAAAAAGAAAAUACUGUGGUUUUAAGCUUUCCUGCAAAUAUGAGGUAUUCUUGAAAUUAAACAUCUAUUGAAUUGAACUAUAAAGUAUCCCCAGGACUUAACUACCACGUUGUUUUAGAAGAUAAGCAUUUAGACUCUUCUCCAGGAAGUAAAGGGGUGAAGCUGGCAUUUAUAUAAGAAGUGCUGGAGCCUGCUUGACAUGGCUCUUUGGAGAGGAGUAGAAAGGUGGCAGGGAAAGGAUGUUGUGCUUGCUUUUGUACCUGCAGGCCCAGAGGCUUCUGGAGCACACAGUAAUGACUAGACAAGUUUAUUCUUUUUGUAAAAAAAUUUUUUCUUAUCAUUAAUCUACAAUUACAUGAAGAACAUUGUGUUUACUAGGCUCUCCCCUACCCCAAGUCCCCCCCACAAACCCCAUUACAGUCACUGUCCAUCAGCAUAGUAAGAUGUUGUAGAAUCACUACUUGUCUUCUGUGUUGCACAGCCCUCCCCUUUCCCCCACCCCCCACAUUAUACAUGCUAAUCAUAAUACCCCCUUUCUUCUUCCCUGCCCCUAUCCCUCCCUACCCUCCCAUUCUCCCCAGUCUCUUUCCCUUUGGUAACUGUUAGUCCAUUCUUGGGUUCUGUGAGUCUGCUACUGUUUUGUUCCUUCAGUUUUUCUUUUGUUCUUAUACUCCACAGAUGAGUGAAAUCAUUUGGUAUUUGUCUUUCUCCGCUUGGCUUAUUUCACUGAGCAUAAUACCCUCUAGCUCCAUCCAUGUUGUUGCAAAUGGUAGGAUUUGUUUUCUCCUUAUGGCUGAAUAAUAUUCCAUUGUGUAUAUGUACCACAUCUUUAUCCAUUCAUCUACUGAUGGACACUUGGGUUGCUUCCAUUUCUUGGCUAUUAUAAAUAGUGCUGCGAUAAACAUAGGGGUGCAUCUGUCUUUUUCAAACUGGAGUGCUGCAUCCUUAGGGUAAAUUCCUAUGAGUGGAAUUCCUGGGUCAAAUGGUAAGUCUAUUUUGAGCAUUUUGAGGAACCUCCAUCCUGCUUUCCACAAUGGUUGAACUAAUUUACAUUCCCACCAGCAGUGUAGGAGGGUUCCCCUUUCUCCACAACCUUGCCAACAUUUGUUGUCUUUUGUCUUUUGGAUGGUAGCCAUCCUUACUGGUGUGAGGUUGUAUCUCAUUGUGGUUUUUAUUUGCAUUUCUCUGAUAACUAGCGAUGUGGAGCAUCUUUUCAUGUGUCUGUUGGCCAUCUGAAUUUCUUCUUUGGAGAACUGUCUGUUCAGCUCCUCUGCCCAUUUUUUAAUUGGAUUAUUUGCUUUUUGUCUGUUGAGGUGUGUGAGCUCUUUAUAUAUUUUGGAUGUCAAGCCUUUAUCAGAUCUGUCAUUUACAAAUAUAGUCUCCCAUACUGUAGGGUACCUUUUUGUUCUAUUGAUGGUGUCCUUUGCUGUACAGAAGCUUUUCAUAGACAAGUUAAUUCUUAUUUGUACUUCUCUAUCCCAGUCUUUGCUCCCUAGAUGGCAGUAGGAUCUUUGGCUUUUAAUAGGAAAGGGCUCUUCCUCUCCUGAAGGCAAGGGACCAUGGGCACAACCGUAUCAGGAGUAUCAUGGCCAGGCAGAUCUGUGGAAGCCUACUAGUCAGUCAGCCACACUUACAGAACACUCUAAUCCAUUUGAUGUAUUUAUUCACGUCCUUUGUUUAGGGUAACUAGAUAAGCAAAGUGCUUCUCAUAGCAAAAAUAAUGGGAAGCCUCCCUGUCUUUUCUGUGAUCUGUCUGUUUCUGAGUAUUUCCCUACCAUUAAAGCUCUGGUUUAGCUUUUAGUUACUUAGUGUUUCCUAGAGAAUCUGUCCUAACUGCUGUGUCUGAUUACCUGUGACAAGGAUGCCAGAUAAAAGGCAGAAUGCUGACUCAGAUUCUUUACAGCAUUUUAAAUGAGCUUGACACAAACGGUUAAGGAUGGAUUGCAAAAAAAGGAAUGAUUGACAAUUUCCCUUAAGAAUUUGUUUACUUAGCAGUGAACUUUUUCUUUCCCAUAGCAUUUUAGUGCAAGGGUCAACUGGGGGAUGAUGAUCUUUCUCAAACAGAAGCUACUGUUCAUUUUUACUCUGCAAGAAAAAUAUAUUGUAAUCAAUGGAAAAGAAUGCACAGAAGUGAGAGUGCUUCUAACAGAAUGUCAGUGAAUUUGUAGCUAUUUUAGUGAAAACUAAGCUAAUGCUUACUGCCAUGUACCCUACUGUUGUACAGUAAAUAUUGAUGACAGUGACAGCUUUUGAGUAUUUGGGCCACCAAAAACUGUUAUGCAGGAAGAUUUAGAAGGAUCACAUUCAUACAUCCCAAGUUCUGUGGGUGUAUUAUUUAUGAUAGCUGGCCAUAUGUUGUGGCUAUGGAAUAAUUCCUUUUGGAAAGCAAGAAUUUGCAACAUUGAAAGCUUAUGGUUCUGUAUCUGGACCUUGAUAGGUGAGGGGUGGGGGGACAGGUUUUCAAAAAUUAGGACUAGGAGACUAAUUUAUGUGAUGUUGAAACAUUUAGCCACACCAUUUAAGACAAAAUAGUAAUUGCAAAAGUGCAAAAUAAUUUUUAACCUUCUCUUACAUUCUAAACAGUUCCAGUAUUUAUGAGAGGCAAACCCUGUAUUAAGGUAUCUAUUGGAGAAGAGUGAUUUUAAAAAUACUUCGCCUUCUUGUUGGCUCCAUGAACUGCAAGUGCUGCUUUUCUACUGGUAGAGCUCUGUUCAUCUGUUUAUAUGGAAAAUGCCUUUCCAUUCUUAAAACAAAGCAGUUUCUCAGAAAAGCUGAAUUUCUUUCUUUGAGAUGAUUGACAUCAUGAUUAAAGAGCAUCCUAAACUUUGACAUCCCUUUAGAACUUAAGUCCAGAAUUCCAGAAACGUUUGUAUGUGUGGGUUUUAUUCUUUGUUUUUAGCCAAUUUUUGCUGCCAUCAUCCAGUCUUAUGAAUAGUAACAGUGUCUUGUUGGUCAUUUGUCUUUAAUCCCUCUUGUCCCUCCCCCAAGCCAGGUGUGAAUCCAGACCAUUAAAAAUGUCUAAUGCCGUGUGACAGAGUAAUGAGUAUGUGUUCAAGAUGACUAUUAGCAAACACUAGCACAAGGGAAAAAAGUCAGCCCAAGGAAUUUAGAAAAUCCUUUAGAAGAAUGGAGUAACAGGAUUUGGACUUUUAUAUCUGACAUUUCUGUCCAUUGGCUAUAAACAAUUCUAGAGCUUUAUGCAAUUAGUAAAUUCUUGAAUUGUAUUCUGGUUUGUUUCUCCCUCACCCAAACAAAUGAGAUUCUGCUUUGGUAGCCAUUUGUAAAAACAUUUAAGAUUUCACUGCAAUUUUUAUCUCAUCUCUCUUAAAUUGAAGUCUGCCUAUACUAAUAUGUUGUUAAACUUUUUGAUUACUGGUACUUAAAGGAUGAGACCAAGUCCUAACAAAACCAAAUUUUUCAUUUGCUUUCUUGCUCAAGGGCUUGGAUUUUAGUUCAGUAGGUAAUAUUUUACAUGAUUGAUUAACAGAAAUAUCUUGCUUGCUCAAAACUUUAUAGAGUCUAAAUGAAGUGUUUUCUUCUUUUUAAAAAAUUUUUUAUUAAGGUAUUAUUGAUACAUGAAGGUUUCACGUGAAAAAACAAUGUGGUUACUACAUUUACCCAUAUUAUCAAGUCCCCACCAAUACCCCAAUGCAGUCACUGUCCAUCAGUGCAGCAAGGUGUCACAGAUUCACUGUUUGCCUUCUCUGUGCUACACUGUCUUCCCCGUGACCCCCCUACACCAUGUGUACUAAACAUAAUACCCUUCAAUCCCCUUCUCCCUCCCACACCCCAUCCCUUUGGUAACCUCCAGUCCCUUCUUGGAGUCUGUGAGUCUGCUGCUGUUUUGUUCCUUCAGUUUUGCUUUGCUGUUAUACUCCACAAAUUAGGGAAAUCAUUUGGCACUUGUCUUUCUCCGCCUGGCUUAUUUCACUGAGCGUAAUAUCCUCCGGCUCCAUCCAUGUUGUUGCAAAUGGUAGGAUUUGUUUCUUUCUUAUGGCUGAAUAUUAUUCCAUUGUGCAUAUGUACCACAUCUUUAUCCAUUCAUCUACUGAUGGACACUUAGGUUGCUUCCAUAUCUUGGCUUUUGCAAAUAGUGCUGAGACAAAACUAGGAGUGCAUAUGUCUUUUUGAGUCUGAGAACUUGUAUUCUUUGGAUAAAUUCCUGGGAGUGGAAUUUCCAGGGCAAAUGGUAUUUCUAUUUUUAGUUUUUAGAGGAACUUCCAUACUGCUUUCCACAAUGGUUGAACUAGCUUACAUUCCCACCAUCAAUGUAGGAGGGUUCUCAUUUCUCCACAUCCUCGCCAGCAUUUGUUGUUCUUAGUCUUUUGGAUGUUAGCCAUCCUAACUGGUGUGAGGUGAUAUCUCAUUGUGGUUUUUAUUUGCAUUUUCCUGAUGAUUAGUGAUGUGGAGCAUCUUUUCAUGUGCCUAUUGGCCAUCUGAAUUUCUUCUUUGAAGAAUUGUCUCUUCAUAUACUCUGCCCAUUUUUUAAUCGGGUUAUUUGCUUUAUGGGUAUUGAGGCAUGUGAGUUCUUUAUAUAUUUUGUAUGUUAACCCCUUGCCAGAUAUGUCAUUUACAAAUAUAUUCUCCCAUACUGUAGGAUGCCUUUUUUUUCUGCUGAUGGUGUCCUUUGCCAUACAGAAGCUUUUUAGCUUGAUGUAGUCCCAUGUGUUCAAUUUUGCUUUUGUUUCCCUUGCUCGAGGAGGUACGUCCAGGACAAACUUGCUCAUGUUUAUAUUCAGGAGAUUUUUGCAUAUGUUGUCUUCUAAGAGUUUUAUGAUUUCAUGACGUACAUUCAGGUCUUUGAUCCAUUUCGAGUUUACUUUUGUGUAUGGGGAUAAACAAUAAUCCAGUUUCAUUCUCUUACAUGUAGCUGUCCAGUUUUGCUGACACCAGUUGUUGAAGAGGCUGUCAUUUCCCCAUUGUAUAUCCAUGGCUCCUUUAUCGUACAUUAAUUGACCAUAUAUGGUUGGGUUUAUAUCAGGGCUCUCUAGUCUGUUCCAUUGGUCUAUUGUUCUGUUCUUGUGCCAGUACCAAAUCUUGUUGAUUACUGUGGCUUUGUAAUAGAGCUUGAAGUAGUAAACCAUUUUCUUAUUGCUUAUUGACAAAUGUACAAAAUUCUGAAUAUCUUCAAAUGGUCAUUUAAUUGAAGUGUAAUGUGUACACUCUUGUGGUUAAAACUCUUAUAUCCAGAGGGGUGGAGUGUACCAAUACACAGGGAGACUAAGGAUAACAUUCAAGCGAGGGAAUAGACCAUUGAAGACUCUCUCUGGCAAAUGAGGGAGAAAAGAGAGAGACUCAUCAGAAUAGGAUCCAGUCCCUGGUUAGCCCCAUUCAACAGUAGGGAGAUGAGGAUAGGAGCCACACCUUAGUUUGAGAGCAAGGUCAGAGCUGGGUUCUGUUUCUAGAAACAGAGGGGCACAGACUCGCCAAAGCAGAAAGAAAGCAAGCAUGUGGUGGCCUGGUUGGUGCAAAAGCCUGAGUUGACCUCCAGAGCACUAAACCUAGUGACUAUAGCCUCUGAAAACAGAUCUUUACUUUAUAAAUACAUUUUAUUUUGAAAAUAGGACCAAAGAAAAACAAAGUUUGGAUACUCUGACUUAGCUUUUAAACAGGAAGAGACAUUGAAGCCAAAGUUCCUUGGUAAAUUUGCAGGGAAAUAACUGGUGGUCUUUAAAGACUGAUCAGAGUGUUAGAUGAGUUCAUUAGACUAUUAUAAUGCUAGUGGCUACAUUUUGACAAGAAUAGUCAUUCCCUGCAGGAGUGUUUUCUUAGUAAUUUGUCAUUUCAAAACACUGGGUGUUAGCCCUGAUCUUAACAUAAAAGUGAGAAAAGGGCUGCAGUGAAUUCCUUGGGAACUUAAAUGGAGUCCAGAAGUUACCUUGUUGCCAGGCUGCUGUGUCAGGAGGUGUCUCCUUGUGUGCUCGGUGAAACCGCGACCCAACCCAGAUCGGGUGGUUUCUUGACACUAAUUGAGAAAGAAUCCUCGAACAGGUCAGUUGAGUGUAAGGAAGGAAUUCACUAAAGCAAGAGUAGUAGUGAGUGGCAACAGCCAUGCGUGCAGUAGAGAGCAAGGAAGAGCAGAGGGAGGAAAGGGAAGUUCAUUGAACUGCUCGGCAUAGGGCUAAUCCCUUGCCAACAAUUCGGUGUAGGGCUAACCCCUUGCCAACAACUGAAGCCAGGGUCGCCUUGCGUCCAAUGUCUGCUUGAAUCUGCACAGCGUGGGAAUUAAGCCCCUACCAUUCCAGGAUUUGGAGGAGCUGCAGAGCACUAGAUGGAGUGAGAUUAUGUUCUGAGAACGUCCCCAAGCAAUGAAAGGAGAUUCUCGGGCAGGCUACUAAAGAGUGUGAUUGUACAGCUGCCGUCCCAUCACGGUCACCCAGGUGGUUGGAGCUUGCAAGCCCAAAUCAGAGAUCUCAGUAGCCCUUCCCUGGUUGUUUAAAGUAGAACAGAGUAAGACUUGUGCUUAAGUCUAGAAAACUGAAUGAAAUAGCAAAGUAACACACUUAGCACUGGGAAAGAGGUCUCUUACUAAAAAUCUCCCAAGGCUUGGAAGAGCAUGGAAACAAAACAGUAACCUGAGCAGCAAGAAGGCUUUACUUAAGGCAAAGAACACACUCGGAGACAGGGGAGUGCAGGAAGCCUCAGAGAGGGGGCGUGUGUAAAGGCUUAGGAUUUGUGUCUUUUUAAGGAUUUCAAGAAUGUGGUAAAGGGACAAGGGAGCAUAGGCUUGACAUGUGGUCUCAUGCUGUCUGUCUGUCUCUGAUGACAGACAUGUCAUCAUCCAUAGUCAGCCCUCUAGAAACUCUGUAAAACAGACUUAAAACACAGGAAUUUAUUGUCCCUGUUCUUCUGUAAGACUGGUUACCCUCAAGCAGUGGAGACAUAUCAUUUAGGACUGCUAUUCCUGCCUUAAGAGGGUCGGUUGUUAGCUAAUUACCAUAAAGUAUGUUAGAAUUUUGCAUCCUAACUCCCUGGCUUUUAAAACGGAAUCUUAGCCUUAAGACGAAGUCCCUCCUGUUCUUACUAUAUCUCAGCAUUUAUAUUUAUAUAUCAGCAUUUUUCAUCAUAGGCAGGAAAAAUUAAUCAUGAUACUUGUCCCAUGUUCCUGCUCUACCUCAGUAUUAAGAUAAAUUUGGGCUAUGUGAUCUCUAUUAACAUUCUUAAUGAAUUGUUUUCCUCUAUGUAUUGCUAUGCAUGAGCCAUAGAUUCUUUUUGCAUCAAUGUGGACAAUACCUCAAAUACUUGAGGACCUAUGCAGGAGUCCAGGAUCCUGGGCCAACUGCUGGGACUAUGAUACUAAAUCCAGUGUGUGGGCUGGAUGAUAACUACUAGAUAACACACAGCGGCAACUCAGAGUUGUUUUAUGGGGGAGCUGAUUUGAGCUUCUACUGGGGUCUCAGCAGGAGUCAGGCAACUGAGGCAAACAAGGAGGCAUGGAUGCCCCUGACCUAAUCAGGGAGUGAUUCCACAGUAACAUGGGAAAAACCCAAUCGAUAUGAUUUAGACUUUGCUUAAUUUUUCUCUUCUGUCAUGCAUUGUAUUUUUCCCCUUCUAAUGUUUUCCUUACCUGUUCUAAUGAUGCCUUACUUGAAACUGGGUUUAAAAACUGAAGAGGAGGAAAUUGGAUUUAGAAAUUUUUUAGGCUCUAAAUUGGCUUUUGUGUGUGUGUAUGUGUGUGUGUGUGUGUGUGUGUGUGUGUGUGUGUGUGUGUGGAUUUAGGUGAUCAUGAAUAGAAUCAUUUGCAUGGUAAUAACAAUGAAAAUUAUCAUGGAACUGGCCAAAAUAAUACACCAGCUGGUUUGUUAUAGCCUAAUACUAAAGUAAAAUACUAUUGAAAUACUGUAAAUUAAAGGUACAUUUUAGUUUUUAAAAAAAUAUUAAUAACUCUGGAAAUGGAGAAUUUAGAUGUGGGAGUGGGGAAGACUUAUUUUUAUAAGGUAAGUUUAUCCUGACAAGGACUGUUUUUUCAUAAAGUAUUUUGCACCUGAAAUUUUAAAGUCAACAUGUUAAAUACCAUUAGGAAAGUUAAAUAAGUGCUAUACUAAAUAGUGGAUUUUUUUUUUUUUUUUAGUAUUUUUCUUUUAUUGAUGUAAAAUAGGGUAGGGUGGAGAUUUAUUGAAUUAUGACGACUGGAUUAAUGAAGGACACUAAAUGCCUUCAUUGGAGACACCAUGCUUGUAAGUCUACACUGGAACCUUGUAUAACUUUUCUUGGACUUGAAUUAUGGCUCUGAAAAAGUCCAAAUAAUUAUAAUCUUAUUACAAAAUACCAGUGACAAAAUUUCUAAUUGAAGGAUUUGUAGUUAACAAACAAACAGCCUUAGCUAGAGAGGAUUUUUAACUGCAGCUCUAGUAAUCUUAUUUUAGGGAGGUUCUCUUCCCCCAUCCCAUCCCUAAAAUAAUAAGAUACUUGGAAUCAAACAGCUCUUGCCUUUUCAGUUCAAAUUAGCAGGUAAAUUACUGUUUGAGUUUUGUUGCUGCCAUGAUUUCUCAAAAAUCAGUGUGAACAAACUAAUCUGUAUACAAUGCUGCCUUUACUUGUCUCCUUUACAAUUUUAUAUACAAGUCAAGACAAUAUCAGGGUGACAGGUGAAUGAACUUAAAUUCUCAGUCUUGUCUAUUCACUAAAAAAAAAAAAUACUGCCUUCUUUUUUUUCAAUUAUUCAAGGCUAAUGAGUUUAGGAACAUUUUAUACCAAAUACAUCUUUUUUAAUUGAAGCUAAGUGCUUGAUGCUAUUCCACAUAAAUCCUGCUUAAACCUCAAUGGGAUAUAGAUGAGUUACUGAUGGAUUGCAGCCUACUGCAGGAGAGGGACUUGGUGAAUAGCAGAUCCUUUUCUUCUGGAGGGAUAUGUUUGUGCUCUUCAUUAUAAGAUACUAUGUGUUGAGAUCUAAAAGUAUAAUUUCAUUUGUCUGCUAAUAAAUUGUUAUGCUAGUAAAAUA